UCACUUCCAUCUUCUCCAGAGAGAGAGAAGGAAGAAGAAAUACAGUCAUUGCCAUGAUUCUCUCUCAUUAUCUCUAAUUUUCUUCCAUUUUCCUCCUUCAGAAGCUCCAAUUUCUUCAUCAAUGGCCUCCAAGAUUCUUCCUCAGGCCGUAAUUUCUAUUCCAAGAAACCCCAAUCAAUGUGCGCCGAGAAGGUUAGGGUUUUGUUCCGCAGUUUCUGGUACUCGUGUUUCUUUUUCUACUCUUUCCUCCAGUUCAAUCGGCUCCCAUUUUCACCAUACCAUUGCGGCGCCGUUGAGACGGGGGUUUGUUGUGAGAGCUGAGGCGAAUUCCGAUGAGGAGUCAGCGGUUGAGGAAGCUCCUGAAGCUGAAUUAGAAGCAGUAGCGGAGUCUGAUGCUCUGCCUCAGGAGGAGAAGCCGCCGAGAAAGCCUCGUGUUAAGCUCGGAGAUGUAAUGGGGAUACUUAAUAAGCGGGCAAUUGAAGCGUCAGAAAAGGAGAGGCCGAUUCCAGACAUUAGAACUGGUGACAUUGUGGAACUUAAACUGGAAGUUCAAGAAAAUAGGCGUAGGCUUUCUGUUUAUAGAGGAAUUGUCAUAUCAAAACAAAAUGCUGGCAUCCACACUACGAUUAGAAUUCGCCGAAUUAUUGCUGGUGUUGGUGUGGAAAUUGUUUUUCCGCUGUACUCACCAAACAUCAGGGAGAUAAAAGUGGUGAGCCACAGGAAGGUGAGGAGGGCAAGGUUGUAUUAUUUGAGAGACAAACUUCCAAAACUCUCUACUUUCAAGUGAAACACCCCGAUGCCUUUCCUUUUUUUCAUCGACCGUCAACGGGUUGUAUCUUGAUAUGAUUGAAAACAUCCUGUUUCUUUUUCUUAGAUGCGGACAUCAUUCUUCUGUAUUUAUGUUAUUCCCCUCCCACAUUACCAUUUGCCCGUCUAAUUAUAUAUAUCUGAGCAACAGGGGUUUAAUUAGAGUUACUGACCUGGAUUCUCAAUCACAACCUUGCACCAUGUUCCCAAGCUUUUUCACCAUUGCCGAUGCCAUUACUUGGCAUCUUCUCAGUUGUUUUUCCUCACAUUUAAAUUUAGUUUUAUGAAGUCAGAUGUCUCAAGAUUUUUUGGCCAUGGUUCUACCUCCUAAUCUGUGAAGAUGGGAAGGUUUUGGUCUUCGCAUCCUUCAGGCAUCUUUACUUCUAGCUUUUCUUUUUAUAGUCUGGUUUUUAUGGCCUUAGUAGAUUUCCUGCAUCCUUCGUGGAAUUAUGGCAAGUCAGAGCUUUUACUUCCUUUGGCUUCGAGGAGAAUUGGUGGCGAUGCUACUGACAUGAUUGAUCAAAGGUCAGUUUCUAUUAUCUUUGUUCUUAGUGGUGGAGUUUUUAGAGAUCAACUCUGGUUCAAGAUCAUUAACUGCUAUGAUGCACUUUCUUUGAUCUUAUUUGGAACAAGCAUUUACAAAAUUUCAGGAGUUGAUUCCUACCUAGCCUGAAUAUGUUGUUAGAGAUUGUAUUCAGGUUCUAUAUUGGUAGAGAGGGAGAUGACUUUUGUAGGGUGUUUUUUCUA